AUGCUCCGUUCCUGCACUUCAAAGUUGGCGCUGCGCGAAAACUUGGCCAGCCACGAGAUCAACGUCUCGCACACCUCAGCCACAUGGUCGCGGUCGUCCCUGUCCCACGAACGUCCCAAUGACAAACAGUACUUGCCAAACAGUUUCGCCAUGGCCUGGAUGUAUAUGCCCAUGGUUGGGUCGUUCAACUCUUGUAGAGAUGUAUUCUGUGUAGUACUCGCCAACGAGCCAGAUGAAGUUCUGCAGCCCGCCUUUCAGGCCCAGCAGCCGCGUGUUGUCCAGGACAAGAUCCAGACACUUUUGCACCAAUCGACUGCGAAUACUGGGCACCUUGAGUCCCACGUACAUGAACUGGCUGCUAACGAGCUCCUCCACGCCCGCAAGCCGGUUUUCUGUGUUGAUGUUGAGGAUAUCGUUCAAAACACCCAGAUACCACUGGAAGUUGGGCACGUGUUCGUAGUUCUCGGCAGCACAAACCUGGAUGAUCUUGGUGAUCACCAGCAUCUUGUACUUGUCGGUGACGGCGAGCGCUGGACCAGCAGCCGCGUCACUAUAGGGACGAUGUUUCUGUCUGUGACGAGCGAGUCGAUCAGCUCGAGCGCCUUUUCGCGGAUCGUUGGGUCUGGGUCGAACAUCGAGUCCAUAAUGACGUUUUCGUGCUUCUUGAUCAGGUCCUUGUGGAUCUUGCACGUUUUUAUGAAAGCCAACAGUCCCACGUACUUGAGGUCCUGGUCGUCGUUCUUGAUGAAGCCUAGCAGCUUGUUGAUGAUCAGCUUGGCCACACGUGUGUCUUCUGGGGCCAACAUCUGGCCGUUAUGGAUGCAAUUGAUGGACUCGUAA